UAUAAACAAUACUCCACAAACACCCGAGGUUGAAGAUACUUAGCACAUUGGUAAGAAUGAGUGGGGAGGUCAUUUAACGCAGCAUUUGAAUGGACCAAGGAUCUUCCAAAUAAAAAAAAAAAUAUGUUUUUAAAUGAUACAUGCUUUACAAAGGAAUUAGUUUGAUUAAACAUGUUGAGCCUGAUCGUUGGUGCAGCCGUUUUUGCGGCGACUGUUAUCGCGUGGAUUUUGGUGUAUAGGGAGAAAGUGAAAUAUGUGAAGAAAUAUCCAGGACCAAAGCCGAAUAUUAUUUUUGGUACCACCCUCGAUUGCGUAGAAGACAAAUUCAUGGAAGUGCUACUUCAUUACAACAAAACCUACGGACGUAUAGUUAAAAUACAAAUAGGCCCAUUCAAACAAGGAUUAAUUAUUAGCGAUCACAAGUUUCUGGAGUUCAUAAUGAGCUCAAGGAAAACCAUCGAAAAGUCCACACAGUAUAGAUUCUUACACAAUUGGUUGGGAAGUGGACUUUUAACUGCAGGAGGUGACAAGUGGAUGAAGCGUAGGAAGAUGUUGACACCUGCGUUUCAUUUCUCUAUUUUGGAGCAAUUUAUCGAAGUGUUCGACUCCGUUGGAAAUGUCUUCAUUGAGCGUAUUGGACAAGAAAAGGGGAAGUUCGAUAUUUAUCCUUAUGUUACCCUUUGCACCCUCGAUGUGAUUUGUGAAGCGACAAUGGGAGUGCCUGUAAACGCCCAAAAGCAAAACGACAGUGAAUAUGUGAGAAGCGUAAAAGCCAUGUGUCGCAUUGUGGUGAAGAGGCUGUUCUCGGCGGUCAAAAACAGCGACUUCCUUUACAGCUUCACCAAAGACUGUGCCAAAGAACAGAAGUCGCUGAAAGUGCUACAUUCCUUUACCGAGUCGGUGAUAGAUCAAAGAAUCAAGCAGCAGUGUCAAGGAGACCCCGAUGAGAAUAAGAAUGUGGACGGAAUCGGCAAGAAGAAGAAGCUAGCUUUCCUCGAUCUGCUGUUGCAAUGCAAAGUUGAUGGAAAACCUUUGACCAGAAGAGAAUUAAGGGAAGAAGUCGACACUUUCAUGUUUGAGGGCCAUGACACAACAGGAUCAGCCAUAACAUUUAUAUUAUACUGUUUGUCAAUAAAUCCUGAUGUUCAACAAAAAGUAUUCGAUGAACAGGUCGACAUAUUUGGAAGUGGCAACAACAAAGAUGAGAAAGUUACUUACACCAGCAUUCAAGAGAUGAAAUAUUUGGAAUUGGUGAUUAAAGAAACUCUACGAUUAUACCCAUCUGUACCGUUUAUAGGGAGGGAACUGCUCGAAGACAUUGAAUACAAUGGCAGUAUUUUACCAAAGGGUUUAUCUCUUGGACUUUUCUCUUAUGCUUCACAUAGAGAUCCUGAGUACUUUCCGGAGCCAGAGAAGUUUAAACCUGAAAGAUGGGAGGAAUGGGACGCUAAAUAUAACUAUGCGUAUUUUCCAUUCAGUGCAGGACCCAGAAAUUGUAUAGGUCAAAAAUUUGCAAUGAUGGAAAUGAAGAGUAUUGUAUCUAAAGUUGUCAGAUCGUUUGAGAUAUUGCCCGUGCCGGAACAUGAACUGCAAUUAAAUAUUGAAACUAUAUUGAUUUCCAAAUCAGGAGUAUAUGUUUCUUUAAAGCCAAGGAAUUAUUCAUAGAUAGUUUUAAUUUAAGAUUGUACAUAACAUUUAUAUAAAUUUAUUUUUGUAUAUAAAUUAAAAAAGAAAUACAGGACUGUUGUUUUCU